GCAGAAGAAGAAGAAGAAGAAGAAGAAGCAGCAGCAGCGUGCAUGUGACGUCAGGCGCGUAACGUCCAGAAUCAACUAUGGCGGAAAGGUAGUGGCGACUCGCACUUUACCGGUAAAAUCGACAUCGGAUAGCAGAUAUCUGCACGAUUCACCAUUAUCCGUCUGCAGCUCACGCGCAAACAUCCCAUCUCCUCGCGCACUCUCUCUGAUCUUCGCGGAACUAACGGAAACAUGCCUAAUAUCAAGAUCUUCAGCGGCAGCUCGCACCAGGAUCUGUCUCAGAAGAUCGCGGACCGUCUCGGGCUGGAGCUGGGGAAAGUGGUUACGAAAAAGUUCAGCAACCAAGAGACGUGCGUGGAGAUCGGAGAGAGUGUCCGUGGAGAGGAUGUGUAUAUAGUCCAGAGCGGCUGUGGAGAAAUUAAUGAUAAUCUAAUGGAGCUUCUGAUUAUGAUAAACGCCUGCAAAAUCGCAUCGGCCUCCCGAGUCACAGCGGUCAUCCCGUGCUUCCCUUACGCCCGGCAGGAUAAGAAGGACAAGAGUCGGGCUCCCAUUUCUGCCAAGCUCGUGGCAAACAUGCUGUCGGUUUCUGGUGCUGACCACAUCAUAACCAUGGACCUGCAUGCAUCUCAAAUACAGGGUUUCUUUGACAUUCCAGUGGACAAUUUAUACGCAGAGCCUGCGGUCUUGAAGUGGAUCAAGGAGAACAUCCCCGAGUGGAAGAACUGCACCAUCGUGUCUCCGGAUGCUGGAGGAGCCAAGAGGGUGACCUCCAUUGCAGACAGGCUAAAUGUUGACUUUGCCCUCAUUCACAAAGAAAGAAAGAAGGCCAACGAGGUGGACCGCAUGGUUCUGGUGGGAGACGUGAAAGACCGGGUGGCCAUAUUGGUGGAUGAUAUGGCAGACACCUGCGGCACCGUCUGCCACGCUGCUGAUAAGUUAAUAUCAGCGGGAGCAGUUAAAGUGUAUGCCAUCCUCACCCAUGGCAUCUUCUCUGGACCAGCCAUUUCACGCAUCAACAACGCCGGCUUCGAGGCUGUAGUUGUGACCAAUACAAUUCCUCAGGAGGAGAAGAUGAAGCAUUGUCCCAAAAUACAGGUCAUCGACAUUUCCAUGAUCCUCGCCGAGGCCAUCCGCAGGACCCACAACGGCGAGUCUGUGUCAUAUCUCUUCAGUCACGUCCCUCUGUAACGUAACACAGCGCCCGAACCAGAGCUCCCUCGUUCAUCAUCCGAGCCGGUGUGUUCCCGGAGCUGAGGACUCCUGCAAGACCUCUUCAGCUCUGUCCUCACGUGUUACAGUCUGCUCUACUCAACACAUCUGUUACAAUCCGAGACUGUGAACGUUAGUCGUUAGGUUGACCGGGUUAAGCCAGAGCUUCCCACGACCUCAUUUAUUUAUUCACCUCCGUUUGCAUUCACUCCUGUGCUCGGGAAAAGUAAAGUCACAUCAUGACGAGAUGGAGAGACGGAUAUCCUUUUUGUGGACACACUUUAUUUUGGAUUUCAAGGUUUAGUUCGUUAGAUGAAAGCGGUUUUAGCUUGUGCUUGGUGCAGGCUUAACACUAGAUCCUUAACAAAAAUCUGCGGUUUUAUUUUACUUUCCUGGUUUAGUUUUUUCAUGGAUGUUUUUAAUAACUCUUUAUAUGAACAUUUCUAUAAAUAAAAAAAAAAUAUAUCAUUUUGGUUACAUUAUGCCAUUCUGAUUACCCUCGGAUUCCUCCUCUGUGUGUUGAUUUCAUUGAUAUUCUUGACUGAAUCGUUUGUAUUUCAGAAUACUAGGCUAAGUUUAAUAUUAAACUGCUUUGGCAUUA